GAUAGCAAAGAAGUGUACUAUUCGCGAAACGUUCGUUGAUAUGUUUAUCUAAAUACAUGCGGGUUUCUAGUGUCGAGGUGAUUAAAGUGAGAAAAAUUUGUAAGAUUCAGGUCACACCCAUGAAAUCGACAAUACCUUUACAACAAUUUAAAAAAUGUAUCAUUUUAUUUAUGGUCGGCUUGGUCUGCAGUCUAUUGAGUUAUACGAUUUAUGUCACCAAUCCUUUAAAAUUGAUCAUAGGUUACAAUUUACAAUUGAGAGUUGACUCGAUGAUUUACUCUAUAUGGAAACAACCACCUAUCGAUAUAUUCGUUAAAGUAUACAUUUUUAAUAUCACCAAUCCUGUCGAGUUUUUAAAAGGAAAGGAAAAAUUAAAACUGAAUGAAGUUGGACCCUAUGUAUAUCAAGAAUUCUUAGAAAAUACAAAUGUAACAUUUAACGAUAACGGUACUAUAACUUAUAUUCCAAAGAGGACUGUAUUUUUCGUGCCAGAAUUAUCAAAGAGUGAUCCCACAAAAGAUUAUGUUAACGUACCGAAUAUUCCGAUGUUGGGCAUAACGUCUGCGUUGUACGAUUCUGGAUUUUUUAUUAAUUAUCCUUUGACGCAAUUGACCAACAUGAUCGGUAGCAAACCCAUACUGAAUAUCACAGCUUAUGAUUAUUUAUGGGGUUACGAUGAUACCUUAGUCAAAUUAGCGACCGACAUAUUACCAUCUUAUUUCAAGUUUAGAAAAUUUGGUCUUCUUGAUAGGAUGUACGACGAAGGUGACAACAUCAUCAACAUGAAUAUUCGUAAAAACGAUGAUAUGAGAAAUGAAAGUGGACGAUAUCUAAGUAUCGAAACCUACAAUGGAAGUCCUGGAUUGUCUAAUUGGGGAUAUCGCGAUGAGGAGGAUAACAAAACUUAUCCGGAAAAUACAAUAUGUAAUCGGAUUCAAGGAGCUGUAGAAGGAACGAUAUUUCCACCGAAUUUGGAUAAACGUGCUGUUUUUCGAGUUUUUCGAAAAGCAUUUUGCAGAACUUUACCGAUAGUAUUUAAAAAAGACGUUGUCACGGAGGACGGUAUUCCAAGCUAUCUUUAUACCAUGUCGGAAGAUUUUUUGGAUCCUCCAAAUGAAAAUCCGAACAACGAAUGUUAUUGUCGCAAAUUAAAAAAAUGUCAUAGGAAAGGACUUUCAGACUUAACGGCAUGUUAUUUUAAUAUUCCUGCAGCUGUAUCUUUACCACAUUUUCUUGACGGUGAUCCAAGUUUGAUUAAUGAAGUGGAAGGCCUUCAUCCAGAUCCAGAAAAACAUGCUACUCAAAUUUUAAUUCAACCUGACACAGGCAUGGUAAUAAAAGUAAACUCUAGAAUACAAACGAAUCUUGUGAUGUAUGAUACGAAAUAUAAUUCAAAAGUCAAACCAUUUAAUAAUAUAACAGUACCAUUAUUCUGGAGCGAUUUGACGAUUCCAUCUGUGCCGAAUAAUUUGUUAUUUUUAUUAAAAAUGAUUGUUAAAGUACUUCCUAUCACGCAAACUGUGAUAAUGUACUUAUUAAUGAUCAUUGGCAUUACGUUGAUCAUUUUAUCGCUAACAGCAUCUAUUUGGAUAUUCAAUCAGCAUCAAGAACAACAAUUUGACUUUGAUAGAAGGGAUAGCGCAGAUUUGAGGAUACCUUUAGGAUAUGGCCAAAAUACUACUAUACAUAUCUUACCGAAUAAUGAAAAGAUUAAAUCAAAGUCGGAUUUGUAUAGUUAAUUCAUAAUAUUUACUUUUAUUCAUUUUCUAAUGUACAGGUAUGAGUUAGGUUCUAAUCAUGGUAUAUACAUACACAUACAUACACAUACAUACACAUACAUACACAUACAAACAUCUGCGCACGCACAUACAUACACACAAAAUAAAGUUUCAAAUUUUUUAUAAGUAAAUAUUUCUAGAAAUAAAAGUUUUGGUAUAAAAGAAAAUUAUCAGUAAUAUAUCAAUAUAAUAUUCAUUAUAUUUUUAAGUGACAUUUUAAAUGACAUUGAAUCUUAAUUCUAUAUCAAAAUUAUAUAAAAUUAAUUCUGUAGAAGAAAAAAGAACUAUUAGUUUUAUUUUUUGUAUUAUUACUAUU